AUGUCUAUGAUGCUCUCCGAUAACCUGGCUCCCCAGCCAGCCACCGAUAUCUUCACCAGCGACACCUGCAUCGACAGGCGGCAAUGCCACCGCACUGUGCCUAUGAAGGUGCUCGCUCUCGGCGUUGGCCGAACGGGAACAGCUUCCCUUCGCAUUGCCCUUGAACGCCUGGGCUACCUCAAGUGUUACCACAUGAUGUCCGCCAGUAUGGAAAACCCUCCAGACUGCUUAAUGUGGCACGAUGCUCUCAACGCCAAGUACGACGGCGUUGGUGAAUUCGGCCGCAAAGAGUGGGAUCAGCUUCUGGGAGACUGCCAGGCUGUUUGCGACUGGCCCGCCUGCGCUUUCGCUAAGGAGCUGAUCGAAGCUUACCCUAACGCAAAGGUCAUUCUGACCACCCGUGAAGUCGAUUCAUGGCACGCAUCCGUCAUGAAGACCGUCUACUGGCGUGUAUCCGACCCCGAGCAUAGCUUCGUCUCGAACUUCAGCUGGGCCGCCAGCAUGUACUACCCCAUGCUGAACAAGUUCUUCAACACCUUUUUCCGUGGUGACUUUCCCAACAAGGGCAAGCAAGUCUACGAAGAUCACGUCGCAGAAGUCCGCAGCCUCGUUCCCCCAGAGAGACUCCUCGAAUACAAGAUCAGCGACGGCUGGGCCCCGCUGUGCGAGUUCCUUGGCGAGGAAGUCCCUGACACUCCCUUCCCCCGCGGAAACGACAUGGCCGACUUCUUCAAGCGCUGCCGUGGCCGCAACAGGCGCCAGAUGGCCAACGCUGCUCUUCAGGCCAUCACCAUGGGCGGUGCUAUCAUCGCCGCUGGGUUCGCUGCUACCAUGGCGUUCAAGCGUUUCUCUCGAUGA